AUGUCGCCCAUGAGCAGCAUCCGGCAGUAUGGCGCACCCGACCUCUUGACGCUGACGUAUUGCCGCACGGCAAUGCUGGCACGGGAUCUCUUCGGUGGCUACCAGCCUUCAGGAGUCAACGCAUGGGACCUCAAAUCUUGGGGAGAUGUCAUAAAUGACGACUUACAUCGCGUGUUGGAUGUCGUCGCUCUGCCCCCCUCUCACGUCCAGCAAUCAGACCUCAUCGCCGUCCACCCCUACGACGGCACCGCCAGGUUGAACUUUGAGCGGCAACACGAGCAACUCUCCGCGCUGGUGCAGGGCCUCUACGCGGCGCAAGCCUUCCGUGAGCACUUUCCACAGUGGGUGACGCAGCCGUACGGGAUGCUCAGCAGCCCCUGCGCUGACGGCGACGUUGCCUGCAUCAGCGUCGAAGCCUGUCAGAGACUUGCCCCUUUUCUGGCUCGCGCAGAUGAUCUUAUUCACAAAGAGUGA